ACUAACACCUGGGCAAACUACACCACCACCUGCCCAGCCUUCUCCACCCACCCCCUCCAAAAACCAAAGUGAUCUUCCACAUGACUCCACCACUGCUGACCUGCAGGAGAAACGACCGUCCUGCCAAAGCCGCUCUACUGGGAGAGAGUCGACCAAUCAGAGCGCAGAAAGUCUAGCGAGCGCCAGCCCAUCACCCAAUCCUGGGGCAGAGGCGGAAAAGAGAGUGGAAACUGAGAGGCCCGCUUCCAACCCUUCCACAACCGAAGGCUCUGGAGGGGAAUCAACCCCAGGACCUGGCAGGGCCGAGAGCGCAAAGCAUGCUGGGAUUUGUGCCAGUGACCAAAGCAUCAAACACAGGAAGGACACGGCAAACUCCCAGCAGUCUGCGGCAGAGGAGGAGCGGAAGCAGGGCACCAUGGGAAGGCAGACCGCCGAAGCUGCUCAGCAGCAGAGCCUGGAGUCGGCACAGGCUGGUCCUCCAGAGAGAGCGCGUGGAGUACAGGGAGAGCAGGAAUCUGACACAAAUCCAAGCACAGGGAAUGCUGGGAAAAAUCCCCAACGUGGUGGAGAGGUACCUGCACGCUCCGCCCCCACUGGAUCGCCUGUGGACACGCCCCCACCUGAGAACAAGGGGGCCACUUCAGAUCAGUGUGAUGAUGAGGGCUUUCAAACAGUGUCCUCAAAGAGGAAGAACAAAAAGAUGACACACCCACCUCAAAUCCCACAGAGUCUACAGCAGGAAACUUCAACAGAUAGCGUCACUGUCUGCUUCCACGCCAUCUUGUCCAAGGACUUCAAUCUAGACCCACAGAAUGAUCUGGUUUUCAUGGUGCCAGGACAGCCUUUAGGGAAUUGGAAUGAUGUGGUAAAAAUGGAAGCAAAGCAUUUAGGAGAGCAUGGUUACCUAGUGCAGGGACAAAUAAGGAUAUCCAGAAUGAUUGUAGGUGUCCCCAUACCCUAUAAAUACGCUGUGUACAAACCAAGAGAGGCUGGACACGAACUUCAGUAUGAGUAUAUUUACAAAAUGGAUGCAAAAGGAAUUGUCAACAGGUGUUUACAAGUUAUGAAUCUUCAGACCCAGCAAGGGGAGUGGCAUCAGUAUGAUGACAUCAUAUGGGCCAAACCAGCAAGCGGCAUGAUUACAAGCGUCAUAAGCUUUCUUGGGAUGAAUGAGAAGAGAGAUAUCGCUAGGGGGCGCCACCUAGCUGGGAAGGUCAUGCUGAAGAUGAUAUUUGAUCUGCUAAGAAGCUGGAGCGCAGUGAACGUGGAAAACUUUUUGAUUCAUCUUCAUCAGUUCUUUACAGUUAACUGCAGCUCCUACGUCUUUGAAGGAGAUAGGCCAACAGUGUGGGAAUCUCUUGGGUACGGCGUAGCUCAGGUGAAAGGGCUUUUGAGAGAAUUCCUGCUAGAGAAUGUCGUCCCACAGAAAGAAGGAGGUGGAGAGAAGACACUCCUCAGAGACCCCCUGAAAGCAGGGCUGCUCAUAACCAUGCUAGUUUGGCAUGAGUACCAGGAGCUGCACAACACUGAGGAGCUCUCCUACAUGUGUGACCUACUGUGCCUACCGCAGAUGCCCAGAAAAGAGUUCCACGUGUACUGGAGAGACCUCACCAGUGGAUUCCAGGAUCCGCUAUGUUGGUUAGAGGUGCAGAAGAGUCUAGAGUAUUUCUGUUCCCUGGCACUGAAAGAGAAAGUGGAGAAGUGGAUCCUGGUGCUCCCACUCCUGCAUCUGCUGAGGGGCGACUGCAGACCCUUUGAGCCUCUUUCUCCUUCCCUAACUCCCUCCGUGGGGUUCAAUCCCUGGGCAGGCCUGAGGGAGAUCAGUCUGCCUGACUUGCAGUCAAACUCACAGUAUACAAGGGCUCUCAUGAAAGUGAUGGCAGAGCACACACACCUUGUGGAGGUGGACAGGCUCCUGUCCCGCUCGUGGUUGUAUCUGCUGGGGGUGGAGGCCGUGAAGGAGUUCUGUUCUUCUGUUCCUGUGGACCUCCAUGAUGUCCUUCAGUGGCUGUGUUUUCGGUUGGGGGCCGAAUUCUCUCGCAAACAUGAGGCAGUGCAGGAGCUGCUGGUGUAUCUCAGUCAGUCAAUUAAGGAACAGAAAUUCAGGUGUUAUGAUGCAGGCUAUGGGAAAAAUUGCUUGACUGUGUCACUAAAACUUCUGGAGAGGAUUUGCCAAGCUGCCAUCGAGCAACGCUUCCACAAGCUCCCCACAGCAUGUGCGACGCUUGUCUCUGCUGUAGCAGACUUCACUGCCAGCGUUCAUGAGAAUCACUCUGAACAGAAUGAGGCUCAGCUGAACUGCAGUACUAGUGAAGAGUUAGAACAGAUGCUUAAAAUGAUCAGGGACUGGAUGAGGAAGACCUUUGACAACAAGCUGCUCCGCACGGUCACUCAGUCUAGCACUUUCAUCUCCAGAUGUGAAAUAGAGGCUUGGAACAACAUCCUCUCACUUACCUUAGGAGGAGAACAGUUCACAGAGCUUUGGAGGACUACUCUUCUAAAUGAUUUUGAAGGCAAACUGAAGAAGGAGUGUAGCAUGGACCAGAUUGAAAUCUACUGCAACCAGAUGGAGGAAGUGAACAGAAAGUUCCCAACUUUAAGUGCAUGUUUGGAGAAAUGCGCUCUGGAGAGUGUCACCUCUGUCUGCCAGGGCAGGGAGGAGCGCUCCCUCUUUGAACGGCUGAGGCGUCAUGACCUCAGGAAGUUUGGGAAACUGGUGUCCGUGCUAGUCCUGAAGGCCUGGCCCCUUGACACCAGCGAGGGCUACCUGGAGGGGGAGGAGGCAGUCCUGGAACAUCUCCUCACCUGGUCUAUUGCUAAGGACAUCUUCCAGCUGCAAGGCACAGAUGGAAAGCUCACCGAAGAGCUCACCGACAGUGCCAGGGAACGAAUGGCUGUUGCGACGUCCACGUGUAGCAAAGUCUCAAAUAAAUUCCUCACAGGAAACAUCAAGAUGAGGAGUCUCAACCGGAUCCUCAAGAACAAAGACGCCUUUCUGGAGCUUCUGAAAAUAGAUGGUCUGUCUAUGAAUGAGAGGUGCAGAAACUCUGCUAUGAAGAGCCUUAUGAAAUUCAGGGAGGAUGAAGUGAAGAGCAUCAACCAUGAGAGGGCGCUGCUGCGUAACCUGCUGGAAGUGUGCCAGGCACUACAAGAGUACAUUACAGUUGAUCUGGAGGACCUGGAGAGCAAACUCGGAGUGACAGUGGAGGAGAAGACACUGGACGAGUUCAUGGAGGUCUAUCAACCUGACAAUAUAUCAUCUGAGAAAGUGGGUGUGGUCACAUGCUUUGAGCUGUCGCCAGGCGUUCGAGAGAUGGCGGAGGCCCUGCACGUGUUCAGGAACAGCUUCAUCUUCAAAAUGUGCUGGAAGAACCAGGCGAAAGCGCUGUCACGCAGUGAUGACAUCACGGGUGAGAUGGGAGCAGCACCUGUGAUACGGGCCUCCCUCCAUGAGAUUCACAAGGAGGUUUUUCAGCCCUGUUACGGUAGAUACAGAGAAAUCUACAACAACUUGAGAAGCGGUGGGCUCACCUUACAGGAAGUGGACGACAUCUUUGAGGACUACACGGGCAAGUAUGAUGAGCUGACUGAUGACCUGCAGAUCAUGUGCAAGAUUGACUCGGAAAUGGAUAAACACUGGAUCCAUAAGCGGGUGCAACAAAUCGAACAGUACCACGAGCUCCACCUGGCACUGAAGUCUGUUAAAGUCAUCAUGGAGGCCAAACAGAUACUCUGCCCUCAAGGAGACUUUCACAUCCUGGACACUCUACUUGGUGCUACUGACGCAGAGUUCAAGAGAAAGACUCUGGAUCAUAUUGACAGUGACCUGAUUAAAGUGAAGAAGGAGGUGGCCAUGACUGAGAAGCAGAGACUGUGUCUCCAGGAGCUCUACCUGAGGAAAAACUUCAUCUUGUGGUUGAAAGAGGCUCUGCAAGAUCUGAAUGAGCUGAAGGUCUUUGUGGACCUGGCCUCCAUCUCAGCCGGAGAGAAUGACCUGGAUGUGGAUCGCGUGGCUUGUUUCCAUGACGCUGUACUGGGAUACUCGUCUGUGCUGUAUGAGCUGAAGCCAGAUGCUGGAUUCCGGGCCUUCAAGGAGGCCCUUGGGAAACUGUGGAAGGCUCUCAAAAAUGACUGCAACCUUCCCGAGAAGCUGCGAGAUUCAGAACGUCACCUGGAGUGGCUGAAGACAGUGAAAGAGAGCCAUGGCUCAGUGGAGCUGUCUUCUCUCUCCCUCGCCUCUGCCAUCAACAAGAAAGGCCUCUACAUUAUCCGUGCGCAAAACCAGAAAAAGCUGACCUUGGACACAACCCUGAAGCUGGAGAUCUUGGAGGAGCACACGGAGGAAGCACAGCAGCAGGAGGUGCAAGGAAUGCACUCCUACACCUUGGAGGACCUUCGGGAGCUUCUGAACAAGCUGAUGCUGAUGUCAAGGAAAGGAGACAAGGGGCAGAGAGGAGAGGUUGACCACUUUUCUGAGGUCUUCUCCAGUGUCCAGAGGAUGGCACUAGCGUUUAUCGAACUUCAUGCUGCAGGAAACCCCCUGUUCCAGUGCUGGGAAGCUAAAAUUAGCUGCCAACCAAACAGCAAGGCCAGCAUCGUCAUGGACUUCCACCUUGGCAGUGGCGUGGACGUAGGCAAGGUCGCAGUCGAGGGGGAUUUGCUAGAGCAGCUGCCAGAACUGUGCAGGAAGAUGGAGCAAUAUCUGUCUACCUGGAAGGACUUCAUGAACGAGCAGAGGUCCAUGCAUUAUUAUCUCAACUACUACACAGCAGAGCAGGUAGUGUACCUGUGCAAUCGGCUGUGCCCAGGGACGCAGACUCCAACGUUGGAUGGUCAGAUGGUGACCAUGCUCUCCUUCAUCAGACCCGGCUGCGACGCUCAGGGUUUGAGGGAGAUGCUGCGUGUGUUCUGGGGCGAUUUUCACAGCGGAGAUGCACUGCAGAAGCAACGAGAUGAGGUUGACUUACAAGCAUUUGCGGAGGAGGAGCAGGUAUGGGAGGAGGAAAAGGAGGAGGUGUGGGAGGUGGAAGACGAGAAGGAAGAGGAAAAGUUGAAGGAGGAAGAGGAGGGGGAGGAAGAAGCAUGGGGGAGCAUGGAGGUAACAUUAGAACCUGCAUUCAGAGGAGGGGGGAGUGUCCACUCAAACUACGUCCUUUCGGGUCCCCUGGGUCAGACUAGUGGCUUUGGACAGCUGGAUCUGCUGUGGGACACCUACAUGAGGGACAUGAGGCAUUUCCUCCCCCACACUCUGGAUGUCCCAAGUCUGGGGAGACUGCUGGGACAGCUGGCCAACCAAGGAGUGGAAGACUGGAGGAAAGAGGACACGAAGGUGGUGAGGAGGAGCCUGCCAGGUGGAUUCUCCAGCAGCCGACCAAAUCUAGUGGUCUGCCCUCCAGCUGAGAUCCUGACCUCCUGCCUCUGCAUCUACAUGGCCAGUGAGUUAGAGCCGCUGCCCUCCUACGACGAGGUGCUCCUAUGUGACCCCAACACCCCCUACCAGCAGGUGGAGCUCUUCUUCCGUCGUUGCCUCACGGCUGGCUACAGGGGCCAGAAGAUCUACACCCUCCUCCAUGCCGAUCGGCUGGCCUAUGAUGUGAGCUUCAAGGCAGAGCAGCUGUUCCAGGCCCUGAGCCUCCGGUGCACUCAUGACUACAGGCUGGUGAUCAUCUGCAGCUCCAGCAGGGAGCAUGCCUACCUUCCCUCUGCCUUCAGCCAGUACCGCCUCCUCGCGAUCCCUCAGGAGCCCCUGGAAAGGGUGCGGAGUUACCUCUCCCGCCACUACACUGUCCCGGCAGAUCAGCCUAGCGCAGCAGAUGUCUUCAAAGGGCGGCAGUUUGUUGGGGUUGUAUCGUCCAAACGAGCAGGAGUCGGUAAAUCCAUGUACAUUCAAAGGCUGUACGAAAAGCUAAAAGAAUCAUCCAUUGAAGAGGUUGCCUUGCUGAAAUGCAUUCGGUUGAUUGAACCGCAAGUUGAUGAAAAUGCCAUCCUCAAGUCCCUGCUGAACACACCGGAAGGGAAGGACCUUACUAUCUUUCAUUUUGAUGUUAUGUCAUCGGUGCAGAAAGGUGUGCAUGAGUUUCUGUUCCGACUGCUGAUCCUCCGGUACCUGAUGGACUCUGAGGGCCGGAUGUGGAAGUGCAGCAGAGGGCAGCUGUACCUCAUCGAGAUCCUUCGCUCUGCUCAAGAUUUGCGGCAAAACAUCCCAAGAGUCGGUGCACAUGAAAGCUUUUCUUUCCUGGAUGUCUUCCCUACGGUCAUAUGCCGCCCCCCAAAAGAGGUCCUGGAGCAGGAAAUGAGGCACGAGGACGGUGCCGUUACGCAAGACCCUCUCAUGGACGAUCAGGAGUUCAGAAGCGAAGCUUUCCAAAGACCCUACCAGUAUCUGACCCGCUUCCACAAGGGUCAAAAUCUGGACAGGUUUGUGUACAAGGGCGUGGAGGGGACCCACAUGGAAUGCCUGCAGAUUCUGUUCGUCUACUGUGGAGUUGCGGAUCCCUCCUGGGCAGAGCUGAGGAACUUUUGCUGGUUCUUAAAUGUGCAGCUCAGGGACUGUGAGACAUCCAUCUUCUGUGAUAUGGAAUUUGUGGGAGACACCCUCCAGGGCUUCAGAAACUUUGUGGUGGACUUCAUGAUCCUGAUGGCCAAGGACUUUGCCACACCCUCACUCAGCAUUUCAGACCAGAGCGCUGGAAGGCCGCAGAUGGACCUGUCUGAGGUGAAUGAGGAAGACCUGGCCCCCUUUCGCAUCCGCAAGCGGUGGGAGGUGGAGCCACAUCCAUACAUCUUCUUCAACGGGGACCACAUGUCCAUGACGUUCAUUGGCUUUCAUCUGCGAAAGAAUGGGCAGAGCAAUUUGGAUGCAGUCCAUCCGAUCUCAGGGGCAGUGAUUAGGCGAAACAUAAUGACUGAGCGGCUUUAUGAUGGCCUCUGUCUCCAGGGGGUGCCUUUCAAUGUGGACUUUGACACACUGCCCAGGGGUGAGAAGAUCAAGCAGCUCUGCAAUGUGCUGGGUGUCCAGCAGACCGUUGACCCUGACAAGACCUAUGAACUCACCACCGACAACAUGCUGAAGAUGCUGGCGAUUCACAUGCGGUUCCGCUGUGACAUCCCUGUUGUGGUCAUGGGGGAGACUGGCUGUGGGAAAACUAGACUCAUCAGAUUCCUUUGUGAGCUGCGGAGGGCUGGGGCCGACACCCAGAACAUGACCCUGGUCAAGGUACAUGGGGGGACCACCUCGGAGAUGAUCUACAGCAAGGUAAGAGAGGCGGAGGUGAAGGCAGCUACUAACAAGCGGGAGCACAAGCUCGAUUCUGUCCUCUUCUUUGAUGAAGCAAACACCACAGAGGCUGUGAGCAGCAUCAAGGAGGUGCUCUGUGAUGGGGCAGUGGAAGGCAAACGCCUUGCUGUGGGCACGGGUCUGCAGAUUAUUGCUGCCUGCAAUCCGUAUAGGAAACACUCAGACGAGAUGAUCCAGAGACUGGAAUCCGCUGGCCUUGGGUAUAGGGUCAGAGCUGAGAAGACUGAAGAAAAGCUGGGCUCCAUUCCUCUCCGGCAGCUAGUGUACAGGGUGCAGGUGCUUCCUCCUAGCAUGAUCCCACUGGUGUGGGACUUUGGACAGCUCAAUGACCAGACUGAAAAAAUAUACAUCCAGCAGAUAGUCCAAAGAGUGGUGCAGGCCAGUUCCAUCAACUCCAAGUAUUCUGCAAUGAUGGUUAAUGCCUUGUCAUCAUCACAGAUGUACAUGAGAUCAAGGCAAGAUGAGUGCAGCUUUGUCAGCCUCAGGGAUGUGGAGCGCUGUGUUCAGGUGUUCAUUUGGUUUCACAACAAAAAUCGUCUGCUAAUCGACGAGCUGAAUAAAUAUCUCCGGAAGAAACUAAAUCUGGAGAAAAAAAAGCAGACUGUCGAGGAUGAAAGGAGAGACUCUGUGGUUUGGGCACUGGUGAUGGCUUUGGGAGUGUGCUACCACGCUUGCCUGGAGAACAAGGAGGGCUACAGGAAAGAAAUCUGCAAGACUCUCCCUAAGGGGUAUACCCCACAGAAGGUGCUGCAUGAAAUCACCCUGGUGCAGGACCUCCUGCUAAAUGGGGUACCCCUGGGUAGGACGAUCGCUAGGAACACAGCACUGAAGGAGAACGUCUUCAUGAUGUUAGUCUGUAUCGAGCUGCGCAUCCCUCUCUUCUUGGUGGGAAAGCCUGGGAGUUCCAAGUCUCUGUCAAAGACACUGGUGGCAGAUGCCAUGCAAGGCCAGGCUGCCCACACAGAGCUGUUCAGGAGGCUGAAGCAGGUACACCUGGUAUCCUUCCAGUGCAGCCCUCAUUCCACACCAGAGGGCAUCAUCAAUACCUUCAAGCAGUGUGCCCGCUUCCAGGAGGGCAAGAACCUGGAUGAGUAUGUCUCUGUGGUGGUUCUGGAUGAGAUUGGUCUAGCAGAGGAUUCCCCAAAAAUGCCUCUAAAGACCUUACACCCUCUGCUGGAGGAAGGGUGUAUUGAUGAUGAGCCACUACCGCACAAGAAAGUAGGCUUCGUUGGUAUAUCGAACUGGGCCCUGGACCCGGCGAAAAUGAACCGGGGUGUUUUUGUGUCACGUGGGGACCCAGAUGAAAAGGAGCUGAUCGAGAGUGCCAGAGGGAUAUGUUCGUCUGACAAGAUGGUUCUGGAGAAGGUUCAGGAUGUAUUUCUACCAUUUGCCAAGGCUUAUCUGAGGACCACUGAGGGCAAAGGAUUUUUUGGUCUGCGAGAUUACUACAGCCUGAUAAAAAUGGUAUUUGACUCGUCUAAGACCUCCAAGCAGAGGCCCAGCGUUGAGCAAAUUGUGGAGGCUGUGCUGAGGAACUUCAGUGGCAGGGAUGAUAUGGAUGUAGUGAGCAUCUUCACAGACAGCAUGCACAUCAGCCCAAACCUGGAGGGCACCAUCAGUACCAUUGAGCUUGUGAGGAAGAACAUUUUAGCCAUUGGCUCAAAAAAUGAGUGCCGGUACCUGCUGGUCCUGACCAAGAACUAUGCUGCCCUCCAGAUACUCCAGCAGAUGUUCUUCUCUGACCAACACCAUCCUGAGAUCAUCUUUGGCUCAAGCUUCCCCAAAGACCAAGAAUAUACCCAGAUCUGCUGCAACAUCAACCGUGUGAAGAUCUGCAUGGAGACCGGUCAGACUGUCAUCCUGCUGAACUUGCAGAACCUCUACGAAAGCCUCUAUGAUGCACUCAACCAGUACUAUGUCUGUCUUGGGGGCCAGAACUAUGUGGACCUGGGGCUGGGUACCCAUCGAGUGAAGUGCAGAGUGCACCCCAACUUCAGGCUUAUCGUCAUUGAGGAAAAGGAGGUGGUCUACAGGCAGUUUCCUGUGCCCCUCAUCAACAGGCUGGAGAAGCACUACCUGGACAUCAACGCUGUCCUCAGAAGCGACCAAAAGGAGAUGGUGAAAGAGCUUGAGGGAUGGGUGGAACAGUUCAUCACAACAAAUCAGAACUCAAUGGCAGUCCAGAGGCAAAAAUACCAGCCACCUGAUGUUUUCAUCGGGUACCACUCUGAUGCCUGCUCCUCAGUGGUCCUGCAGGUGACUGAAAAGCUGAAACAAGAGAAAGAGAUGCCUGAAUUCCGGCGGAGGGUCCUGCAGCAGGCCAAACUGAUGCUGCUCAACUGCGCCACCCCGGACUCUGUGGUCCGUUUGCAGGAUACGGCCCUCCCCAGCACUGAGGCCGAGUUCCUGACCCAGGUGUACUUCCAGGAGCAGCAGCACAGCAGCCUGGCUGAAUUCAUCCUGUCCCACAUGCACAUGGAAGGAUGGCACCACUCCCACAUCACCGAGGUUACAACCUUCUCCCGACUCCUGACUGCGUCAGAUGUGGCACAGCUGAGGGACGUAGUGAAGAUUCCCACCACUGAGCUGUUGUCUCUGCAGCAGUUUGAUACGGAGCAGUCCUUCCUCAAAACAAUCAGGAAUUUUCUAGAUUCCACACCUGAUGAUAAAAUGCUCAUCAUUCAGACGGACUUUGAUGAUGGCACCCAGAGUGCAUGUAUCCUAGCAUCAGCAAAGUAUUCAGCCAUAAAUGAAAUUAAUAAAGUGGGAGAGGCGGAGAUGACAGGGAAGGUAUUCGUGUACUUCAUCACAAAACUACCCAGAGUGGAAGGCGGGACAUUCUAUGUUGGAUUUCACGGAGGUAACUGGAGCUCAGUUCACAUCGACGACCUCAGAAGAUCAAAAGACAUUGUCUCGGACAUCAAAGCCUUGAGGAACAUCUCGAUCAGCCAGCUCUUUCAGGAUAAGACCGAUCAGAAGGAUCCAAUGGACGCGAUGGAAGUGGAGGAGGCCUUUCCAGAGCAGGUUGAGGGAGCAUUGUUGGAGGUACUGGACACCACGGAACUGGUACGCAGCUGUGUGCAGAGCGCAGUGAGCAUGCUCAGAGAUCAGGCCGAGGGCGGGGCCCGCUGUACCAGGAGAGUGGAGAUCCUGCUCACGCUGUUGGCCGACAACGAUGAAACGAGUGCUAUGUUCCUGAAGACGGUGAAAAGACGUAUUCACUACCUGCUGGUGGCCCAAGACAGCCAUACCCUUACUUCCAAAAACUGGGUGUUUAAGGAGGCAUCCAAUGUCAACGCUCUGCAGGAAGGAGGGACAUUCAAACACACACUGUGGAAGCGCGUCCAAGUAGCGGUCACUCCCCUGCUUGCCCGCUUAGUCUCAGUCCUCGACCGCGACUGUAACCUGGACCUCCUGCUGGACUGCAAGUCUGGGGAGUCGGUCAAGAAGUUAUGGCUGGACAUGUUCGGGGAUGAGUCACUGCUGGAAAUUCCCUACGCUAGACCCAACUACGGUACUGAAUCACAGACUGUCCUGGUGCACAGCCACAUUCAGACGGGGCACGGUGUGGGGUGUGCCAUGCCCUUCAGCUGGAGGGUCAGGGAGCACCUGGAGGAGGUGUGGACUCAGGUGCAGCAUCGAGACGAUCGCACCCAGCAGAAGUUUGAAGAGAUUUUUGGGAAGACCCCCUUGGGCCAGCUCAUCUCCCACACAGACAGAGAAACACACAAAGAGCUGUUCCAGAGGUAUCUUCAGGAUUUUGUCUCCAUGGCAAUGAAAGUGACAUCGGAGGAUGAGCUGCAGCUCCUGUGUCGCGCCCUGACCUCCUGCAUCAACGAACUGAGCGUCCGCCGUCCCGCCGCGUCGCCCCCCUCCCUGCCCUGGGUCCACGUCGCGUACCAGCAGUUCCGCACGCGUCUGCACAACCUCCACAGGAUGCUCACCCUCCUGCCUCACCUGGCCCCGCCCCUCCUGGGCACCACACCCACUGGAGAAACGGGAGAGAUGGUUCUGGAUGUGCUUGCCGCGGUGGCAUGCGUGGAGCAGCUAGAGCCGCAGUUGCAGUCAGAUGCGCAGCACCUGGCCUGGCUGCGGCAGGUGAAGAGCCUGCAGGUGCCCCUCCAGCUGGUCUGCGCCCAGCCCGUUCCAGAACACUGGGGACAGAGGAGCCGGGCUGUGAUUGGUCGCGUUCGGAAUGGCUGGAACCGUAUCUUUGUCCUGUCGCUGUUUGUGGAGCACCUGCUCCUGGGGGUGGAGUCUGUGGAUGAAAAGCUGACGGCCCUGUUGCUGGACCACACCCUCAGGCUGGGGAGAGUUCUGGAGAAAAACUCUGACCUGAAGCUGGAGACGUCGUUCGUGGCGGUGGUGGAAGUACUCAAGUCCUGCAAGGACAGAGCGAGCCGCUCUGUUUUCGAGUAUGGACUGGGUCCCUGCCCCAUGUGUUGUGGGGACCCCCAGGAGCCCCUGGUGCUGCCCUGUGGUGAUGUCUUCUGCCUGGGCUGUGGCAGACAGUGGCUGGUCCCGGGGCAGAUGUUUUGCCCCAAGUGCAUGUCUCCUGUCCCUGACGACUUCCCCCUAAGCGUGUCAGAAGAUGUGAGUGGCCUGAUCAAGUUCAGCAAGCAGUGCCACUCCUUCUUCAUCGAGCUGGUCUCCAGCGUGUGUUUUCGGGGAAACUGCCCCCCCUCACAGGGGGUCAUCCAUCACCUGUUGUCCUACCUGAUGGUGGAGGCUGAGCCCGUCCCGCUUAUUCGAGGUCGGAGUCAGAUCCUGACCAAAGCUCUCUCGCCUUUCCACGAGUCGGUGGACAGAAGCCCUGUGGUGCGCUCCGUGGUGCUCAAACUGCUGCUCAAGUACAGCUUCAGCAAUGUCAGAGAGUACCUGCAGCAGCACCUGUCUUCGGUGGAGCAGAGCAUCAUCGUGGAGGAAGGGGAUAAAUGCAACCUUUACGCCCUUUACAUCAACUGCCUGGAGGACUCCUUGUUCGAGAGGCUGCAGUGCCACACGGCCACAGAGAGGAGGUCCUUCCUGCAAGUGGAGCGGGACUUCCUGAACUACUUCCUGUCCUGCGACCCAACGUCUGUGCGGACGGUCACCGUGGAGCAGUUGCAGCAGGUCGCCAGGGUUCGGCUGUGUCUGGACGUGGCUGCUGAGCUGCUCACCCAAGGCCUGCUGGGUAAAUAUAACUACACACCUGCCGGGGCUUCCUGCUUCCUGGACAGCGUGCAGAACCUGUGCGUCCGUGGCGGGAACGACUGGUACUGCGUGUACCUGAUCCGCCUGCUGUGCGGCCGGCGGGGCGUGGAGUUCGUCCAGAACCUUCUGAAGGAGGAGGCGCUCCCCUGGCUCUUUCCCCAGGAGAUCCUCGUGCAGAAAAACCAAGAUGGCGGCCAGAUGGAUCAGUACCUCGUCUGCGGGGAGGGCUACGGGGCUGUCCGGGAGGCAGUUGCCAAGGCAACGGCGGGAUGCCCAAUGGAGGACAUAAAGGCAGCGUGUGAGGGCUGUGGAGGUUCCCCAGCAGAGAGAACGGUCUACCUGCUCCUAGCUGUAUUCAGAGAAGUGACCACACUGUACAGAUCUACCAAUCCUGUCCUUCUCCCCAAACCUGAGCUGUGCCAGGCUCUGGAGGGUUUCAUACAGAACUCCGGGGUUCUGGAGAGCCAGGGGGCUCGGACCUUUGCCACGGCGCUGGUGCGGAACAGCCUGGGUCCCCUGCGCGUGCGGGCGGAUCGGCCCGGCGUUGAGCACACCCUCACUGAGCUGGCCGUCCACCUGUCCGCUGUGCUGCGCUGUGGGGAAGGUGGGGUGCUGGCACCCCUCAGACAGCUGGCCAUGUCCCCCUCCAAUAUGCGGAAUUCUUUCUUACCCACAAUGCCUGAGGACAUGCAAUAUAUGGCAGUCAAAGCUUGUACAGAAAAGCUGGAGUGGUACACCUGUCGAAAUGGCCACCCCUGUGCCAUCGGUGAGUGCGGUCGGCCUGCUCAGACAGGCCAGUGUUUGGACUGCGGGGCAGAAAUCGGAGGUGUGAAUCACGUGCCUGUGACAGGCUUCACUGCAACUGCGGCUCAGACACAGGAUCGCACCCAGCCGGGCCACAUUCUGGGGGACCCCAGCAGGCGGGGUGACGGAGACGCGCUGGACACCAGGAACCUGCCCCCCGUGGCCUUCGCCGUCCUCAGACUGCUCACUCACCUGGCCCUGCUGCUGGGGGCUGCAGCCGAUCCACAGUGUGUGAGCCAGAUCAUCAGACCUUCAGUCCAGGAUCCCGGUGCCUUCCUGAUGCAACAUCUGCGGAAGGAUCUGGAACAGCUGACCCAGACCCUGGGGUUGGGUGCGGAUGACACGGUCACCGCCAUCCACCUGCUGCUCAGUAGCCUGCUGGAGCCUCACCUGCCCCGCUCAGGGCAUGGUCCUUUUGGUGGUUCCCUCUCCACAAAGGAAGCCAGGCAUGGCUGGGAGACCACUGUCAUCACUGACAUCAUCACCCCCCAGCUCAAGAACCUGGAGCAGCGGUUGAAGGAGGUGAACGUAGCCAUCAGAUGUGACUCUCGCGUGAACUCUAACCCCGUCAUGAAGGUGGUGUUCGGAGAUCCGCGCCUCUUUCUGUCCACACUGCCCAGGGACAGCCUGGUCCACCGGGGGGCAGUGUGGAGCUGCAGGGAGAGGGUGUCCCUGCCCCACCUGGCCCACGUCCUGGGGCAGAACGGCGGAAAAGACGCCUUUCCCCUUCUCUGGACCUUCCUGCAGAAGGAGGCGGAGUUACGGCUGGUGAAGUUCCUGCCGGACAUCGUGGCUCUGCAGAGGGAUCUGGUGAGAAGGUUCCAGAAUCGGACAGACCUGACAUAUGGGACCAUCGGGGAGCUGAUCCAGAACCAGAGAGAAGCUGCACGGAUGACCUGGGAGAAACGCAUCAGAACCUUCCUGAGUGUGUGGAAUCAGCUGCGCCUGUCAUUGGCCACUAACGGUGAGAUAAAGAUUCCAGCAGAGCUCUGUGAGGAGGACCUGGCCCUCAGCAGUGAUCUCCAGGUUCUGUUGCCGCAGCGACAGGGCGUGGGCCUGUGCUCCACCGCGCUGGUCAGCUACCUCAUCGCCCUGCACAACCAGCUGGUCUACGCCACAGACAGACACACGGGAGAGCAGACCAGUUACACAGUGAGCGUUACAGACCUGUCUGAGCUGCACGUGAUUGGGUAUGAGCCGGAGAGGGACCUCAUCCCUCUGGUCCUGUCCAACUGCCAGUACAGCCUGGAACGCGGCCAGGAGACCCUGUCCCAGUACGACCUCCCCAAAAUCCAGCAGCUGAUCCUGAGCCGGAUCCUGCAGGGGAAGCCUCUCAUCGCCCUGUCUGGAAUUCCCACGCUGUUCAGCCGGCAAAGCCGCCAUUACGAACGCGUUUUCACGGACGUGAAGGCCAAGGUUGGGCAGGAGCCCUUGCCGGCCCUGAAGGCGGCGUCUCUGGCUGGUCAGCUGCAGACGCACAGCGACGUGUGCGACACGCUGGGCGUGGUGGAGCUGGUGCUGGACUUCCUGUCUGCCGCCGGGGGCCACGCCCACAUGGAGCUGGUCUCGUACCUGGAGGACGUCCUGCGGAUGGAGCGGCUGGCCCCCCAUGUCCUCAAGGCCCUGAGUAGGUGCAGUCUGAAGCACUGUGUGGCUCUGUGGCAGUUCCUCUCCUCACUCCGAUCAGAGAGCAUGCUGCGCCUAAAGAGGGACCCAUUUGUGGGGAUUGGGGAUCAGUACAGGAAGCCCCUGGAUGAGGAGGCCCGCAGGCUGCUGAUGGGCUUCUGCAGCAGGGGAAGUGUGCAGGCCGUCCGGCUGGAGAUGCACCAGUUCCUGCUGCUACACCUGAACACCAACCGUGACCCUGAGCUGUACAGGCCAGACUGGGGUCUGAAGGAGACGCUGCAGUCAUAUGUGGAGCGCAAGGACCUGGACCUCCCGCCUGACGUGGAGGAGCUGUUUCCCGCGGAGAUCCGCCUCUCUCAGGCCGUCGCUGCCUGGAAGUUCACUGUGGCCUUUAAACAGGGGCGGAGCCUGAGGUAGCCAAUCUGGAGCCUCUCAGUUUUAAGGCCAACGGUCAGAGCCUUACUGUGAUUGGCAGAGCAGCCUGUCACUCAAAACAUAGCCCUUCAGGUUUUCCCUUUAACUGGGAGUCAGGUGUGAAUACAUGUGGCCAAUCGGUAGCGCUAAUUGUUCAGUGAAUUACCUGGGAGGGAAAAGAAAAUUUGGAUUCCAUUUAGUAUAGUAUUGUGUGUUUUCUUUCUGUCUGUUAUGUAUUUCUACAAGUCCAAACUGGUGAGCUUGGGCUUCCUCCUUAUCCUUCUCCUGCUAUUCUGCCAGGGAGGAGCCGGCUAUGCUGCCCAGGACUCUGAAAGCAACUGAUAGAUAAAUACUAAACAAUUAUUUCAGAUUUAAAGCUUGUUUAGACGGUCAUCAGGUGCUUCUUCAGUAUUCAUGUUAUAUGACUAGACAAAGGCAAUCACUUAUGUAAUUAAAUCUUACUAUAAGCGUAUGUAUUAAACAUGUACCAAUCAAAUAUA